GGGAUGUGCUGUAUCGUACUUACCCUCUCUCUCUCUCUCGCUCUCUCGCUUUGGGUGCUUUUUCACGAUCAUCGUGCUGCAAUUGUGUGGAUUUUAGGGUAUUAUGAUGGUUAUUUGGUUCAGUUUGUCGUUGUUGAGGAGAUGGGUAAUGUUUAGGGCAUUGUCAGUGGUCGCAAUCAAGGGACUUUGCGUGGUGGAGAGUGGUGUUUGAAUGUGAUUCGGAGAGUGGGAUUUUUUUUUAGUUUUGGGGUUUGAGACACCGUCUGCAAUUGCCCAGUGUAGGGAGGUGAACUCGCCGUAGACAGCCGUGGAUGACACCUUCGGAGGUUUGAAGAAGCAAUUUGUGGGAAGUGGGGUCGGAAGCGGAGGGCUUUUUAGGAUGCAGAAGCGAUGGGGCGUGGCAACCUUUUUGGGAUGUUUAUGGGUAGCCAGCCUCUUGUAUGGCGAGAUCUUCUCCUACUGGGUUCCUGUCCUGAGUUGCCAUUGGCCUUCCCUAGCAUCCAGUGCAUCUGGAGCCGAUGAUGGAUCCACCAACGUGAUCCGAAUUGCAGUGAUUGCAGAUCCCCAGCUUACAGAUCGCACGUCAUACAAUCAAAAACCAGGAUCCCUCGCUCUUCGUUUGACGCAAUUUUAUUCUGAUAUCUACAUGCGCCGUGCCUUCCGCUCUACGAUACUUGGCACAAAACCAGAUCACAUCUUAUUCCUCGGUGAUCUCCUCGAUGGAGGACCAAUAUUAGCUUCAGAAGAAUGGCAGGAAUCGCUUAAACGAUUCCAACACAUUUUUGACCAGUCGGAAGGGGGAAUCGAAACAGGAAGGCAGCGACCAGCGAUUCCUGUUUACACUCUUCCGGGUAAUCAUGAUUUAGGUUAUGAAGCUAUGGAGACCGCGAAUUCAGAGGCGGUGGAGCGCUAUCGGAGAGUCUUUGGCCCAUUGGAGCAUAACGUUACAAUUGGAAGUGUAGAGUUUGUGUUGGUGGAUGCCCAAGCUCUUGAUGGUUCGGGAGAUGUUGCUGCCAGGUCAUGGAAUUUUGUGAAGCAGAAGGCUAAAGAAAUGAAAAAUCAUGUGAGGAUCUUGGUUACACACAUCCCGCUCUUCCGGCCUGAUGAUACACCUUGCGGCAGCAAUCGUGCAUCUCGAGUCAUCAAUCAGAGGAUGAAUAGGCAGGGUUAUGCGCCGUUCCAGAUUACGUAUCAAGACUAUUUGACAGAAAAAUCAUCCUCAAAACUCUUGGAUUCUCUGAAACCUGUCAUGGUGCUGUCGGGUCACGACCAUGAUCAGUGCUUCGUUCUUCAUAAGUCUAAUCAGGGCUUUAUUCCCGAGCAUACUGUGGGAACGUUCAGCUGGCAGCAAGGGAACCAUUUUCCAUCUUUCAUGUUGCUUUCAGUUAGCUCAAAUGCCUCUGGAGAUGCAAGGCUGGAAAAUGCGGUAGCUUCAAGACUCUGUUUCCUGCCAGUGCAGCUUUUCAUUUACAUUUGGUAUGGGAUACUGUUGGUUGUCACAUUGUAUGCACUUCUGUUGUGGCCAUCAAAAGGUCUGAUAGCAAUCACCUGGUUCAUUGAGGAAGCCAAAUCAGUGGCAACCAGUCUCUCCAAAACGCAGAGGUUUAAGGCCAAAGAUGAAGACGCGGAGUGGGAGAUGGUUUGGGAUGCAGAGGGAGGCAUGCAUCUGCUCAAUAAGGGACCGAAAGGUUUACCAAUGUUGGUGGAAUCUACAACCACUUCUGGGAAGAGAGGGAAUGUUGCAAGGCGUGCAGGUCAUGACAUAGACACGGACACAGUUGUGAAAAUACCCAGCCCCAUGGGUUUAACUAUAAGCCCCUCUAUGCGUAAGGGAAGAGCGAGGACAAGCUCGUUUACAGCCAAAGUACUCCAGACCCUGGGCCCAGUUGUUGUAUUAGCAACUCUUAAUUUCAGCUUGUACUUUAUGCUACUCAUGAAAGACUGGGGUCCUUUGUAACCUAUUUUAGUGUUGAUAAAUUCUUUUUUUACUUGGAAAUUUAUCUCAAAGAUAAAUGCUUCGCUUUUGGCGUUAGUCACACUUGUGAACAACUGUUAAAACACUUAUAAUAGGGGGGGGGGCGUAGGAAUGUAAUAGAAGGAUAUAUUAAAAUUCAGCUUAUUGGUGGUUAGGCUAAGUUACAUUCAGCUCAUAUCUCUGCAUAGCUGUUCUUGGAGGAUACGACAUCCAUAUCAAGGAAGAAGCUGUAUCGCUUAUAGAUGACGAGGUCCCUUUUCAAUUCUUAUUGGUUGGAGUAUAUUUCCAAGAAUGCAUUCUUGCUCUGAUUUACCUACCUUGA